CCAGAUCCAAGUAUCUUUUGCUGGAAUCCAAAGUAGUACAUACGUAAAGAUCUCACAUACAUUUGAGCUUGAGAAAAAGGUCCUCAACCCAGCAAAUCUCUCAACAAAAUAGCUCCUCCCACCGAUAUUUUUUGAAAAAUACUGCACAAUGGAAUACAAAACCAUCAACAACGAAAUCGACAUGGUACCCCAAAGUUCUGCGCUUGCUUGUGUCUGGGAAUCUGACUUGGAGGAAGAUGACGAACAAUUGACUAGAAACAAAAUCCACCCAGUGAUAGUGGAUGAUGACCUCGACGAUGACCUCCUUAUGAUUGCCGAUGAUGUCGAAGAUGAUGCGUCUUUGGGCUUGAUGGACCAUGAUAUGUGCGACAAACAAGAAGAACUGGAUGUUGUUAUAUUUCGACCUGACCCUCCUGCUACCCCUCCUCCUGAAUAUGGAGAUGAGAAUCCAAGCGUGCACGAAGUAACUCCUGAUAUGAAGAAGGAUAUCAUCAAGAUGGACAUCGAAGAUAUUCAUCUUCCUGACCUCCAAGAACUUAGGGAACAGUAUUCUUAUUCGUGUAAACGAAUGGGUGAAUCCAUCUGGCAUGCCGAAAUGACACGCCGUUGGAGAGCUCAUCGUGCAACACUCGGCCAAGGGGAGGGAAAACAAAACUCUCCCCAAACAUUCGCCAAGCCAAGCGCCUUGGAGUUUCUCGAAGGUACAAGGUCUACAUUGACCCCCGAUCUGGAGCUUUCUCGCCGAAAAAUGUGGGCAUUGAUCCAUGCCCCAGAGGUCCACCAAGCCUGAUCUCCUUUUCCUGGCUUCCGCUCCUUGCCCUUUUAACUUGAGAAAUUGUAUCGUCUCAAAAUGACUCGAGGCGGAGUCCUGUAGACGAAUCCAUUUGAUUCGUCUGCUGUGUUUAAUCCAAUUACUGCAGAGCUUCAUCAUGCUUCUUCCCAUUCAGAUCAUUCUUAACUCUUAGGAUAACAAAUUAACUGUGUUACUACAACUUC